ACCCUCAGAGGUCACAGGCAUCAGAUUUCCUGGAGUCGGAGUUAUAGGUAGCUGUGAAACAGUAGGAUGUGGGAACUGAACUUGGGUCCUCUGCAAAAGCAGUCAGGGCUGACCCACCUCUCUGGCCCGGUUCCCUUAAUUUUGAGUUGCAGUCCUCUGUGGCUGCCAGUGGGAGCCUGUGGCUCUGCCUCUGGGUCUCCCUGACUGGCCAUCCUCUCUCCCAGGUUGUCCUUCUACUCUGGCCACUCCUCCUUUGGCAUGUACUGCAUGUUGUUCCUGGCGCUAUACGUGCAGGCCCGGCUCUGCUGGAAGUGGGCACGGCUGCUGAGGCCCACUGUCCAGUUCUUCUUGGUGGCCUUUGCAAUCUAUGUGGGCUAUACCCGAGUGUCGGACCACAAGCACCACUGGAGUGACGUCCUUGUCGGCCUCCUGCAGGGAGCCCUGGUGGCCUGCCUCACGGUCCGUUAUGUUUCAGAUUUCUUCAAAUCCCGGCCGCCCCGGCCCUGCCAGGAGGAUGAAGAGCCAGAGCGUAAGCCCAGUCUGUCCCUGACGCUGACCCUCGGUGACCGACCCUAGAUGCUAUGCUUUGGAAGCUGGGAAGCCACCUGUGGGCCAGUCAUGUGUUGGCUCCUUGUCCCUGAUCAGGCACUGCUGGCUUUGGAGCUGCCCCAGUGUCCUGGCUGGUGACUGUGGACCAGGGUCUUGGGUGCCUGUCUGGCUGUGAGUGUGGGCGGGGCCUACCAUCAUCGUUCCUUGACUGUCACAUGGCCUCAAAAGGUCCUGCUCUGACGGCUGUCUCCUGUCACCAAUGGGCUUUCGAGGAGGGCCAUCGCAGCAUGGCCCCAGGAAUGGUUGGUCUGAGACUGUUCUUGAAGUUGGCACCCUCCUUGAUGGCCCUGGAGGUGAUGAACACUUUGUUUGCUUGUGUGGGGCAGUUGGCCUUGGCCCUGGGCAGGGAUCACAAGUGUGAAGAGGGCUGUCAACCCUUGGGCUGCCUAGGAGUCCAGGUUGCCUGGAAGGUCACACGUAGCUUUUGGUCUGAAUCCUUUUCUCAAGUCUGCGGAAGGUUACAGCUAGAGGCCUUCAAGCCCCUCCCUCAGGCUUGAUGUCCUAUCCUGUCCCCACUCUGUCUAUAUGGACCAAAUAUGUAGCCAGGCAUUGGAAGGAGGUCCUGGAUCUGCCAUUCCCAUCUGUUUCAAAACACUUCAAGUUACUGUUUCUUGGGAGGGUGUGUUAUAAACUGUGUACCAAAUGUC